AUGGUGAAAGUGCAGGUGGCACCAAAGUACGAAGUGAAGAAUUUCGUCGCUGGUCGAUUGGCUCAGCUUGGUGUGCCUCACGCCAGCAUCAGAUGA